GACUGAACAGUGGAGACUGGAGACUAGAGAGAGGCGGAGAGCAGAGACUAGAGAGAAAGAUCAUGAACAAGCAUAUAGUUAUAUUGUGUACUAGUAAAUCUACCUUGUACAAUGCAAUUUUACAUGGUAAAAGCUGUUUUGGAAUUCCAAACAAAAUGUCAAUAUCUACGCGGUUUGGGUCAUAUGCAACUCUAGCUAGUUUCACUGAUUUCGAGGCCUCAGAAGGAGAAGAAGAAGAUUGUUGUGGCUCUAGUUCUUGCAUCAUACAAGACAAGGACCUUCUCCGCAGGAGCCAGAUCCGUAAUUCCCCUACGGGGCUUCAUGUACUUGACUUAAUUGAUCGUGGUUCAUUGGAAGCCAAUCGUGCUCUAUACAAUAAUUUGCUAAAGAAAUGUACCCAUUUUGUGAAGGUUAAAGAAGGAAGAGCUGUGCACUCCCACAUUGUACAUUCCCAGUUCAAGGAUGACCUUGUUAUUCUUAAUACCAUUCUCAACAUGUAUGCCAAGUGUGGUGCUUUGGAUGAUGCUCGUAAACUGUUUGACGAAAUGCCUAGUAAAGACAUGGUCACUUGGACUGCCUUGAUUUCUGGCUAUUCUCAGAAUGAUCAUGCUGAGGAUGCACUUGUUUUGUUUCCUCAGAUGCUUCACUUUGGCUUUCAACCAAAUCAAUUCACUUUGUCUAGCUUGUUAAAGGCUUCUGGGGCCAGGCCUAAUGAUAAACAUGGUCGACAAGUUCAUGCCUUUUGUUUAAAGUAUGGUUAUGAUUCCAAUGUUUAUGUGGGGAGUUCUCUUGUGGACAUGUAUGCUAGAUUUAAUCUAAUAAAUGAAGCCCGAGUAGUCUUUGAUGGGUUGGUAAGCAAGAACGAGGUAUCGUGGAAUGCUUUGAUUGCUGGGCAUGCUAGGAAGGGUGAAGGAGAGCAUGCUUUAAGUAUGUUUCGGGAGAUGCAGAGAGCAGAUUUUAAACCAACUCAUUUCACCUAUUCGAGUGUGUUUAGUGUUUGUGCAAGCACUGGAUCUCUUGAGCAAGGCAAAUGGAUUCAUGCACAUGUGAUAAAAUCAGGGGGUAAGCUUGUUUCUUUUGUAGGAAACACUCUUCUUUACAUGUACGCAAAAUCAGGAAGCAUUGAGGAUGCAAAAAAGGUGUUUGAUAGAUUGGUGAAACAAGAGUUGGUUUCUUGGAAUUCAAUGCUCACUGGAUAUGCACAACAUGGGCUCGGGAAGGAAAGUGUGCAAUGGUUUGAAGAAAUGUUAAGUAUAGGAAUUGAACCUAAUCACGUAACCUUCCUUUGUGUUCUUUCUGCUUGUAGCCAUGCCGGGCUUUUAGAUGAAGGACUAUAUUAUUUUGAAUUGAUGAAGAAGCACAUGAUUGAACCACGAGUUUCACAUUAUGUGACAAUUGUUGAUCUUCUUGGUCGAGCUGGUCUUCUUGAUCGAGCCUUGAAAUUCAUAAGAGAAAUGCCUAUUGAACCCACAGCAGCAGUUUGGAAAGCCUUACUUGGUGCUUGUAGGAUGCAUAAGAAUAUGGAGUUAGGUGCUUAUGCUGCUGAACAUGUUUUUGAGCUUGAUCCAUAUGAUUCAGGGCCCCAUGUGUUGCUCUCUAAUAUCUAUGCCUCUGCUGGAAGAUGGGGUGAUGUUGCGAAAGUGAGAAGGAUGAUGAAAGAGAGCGGGGUGAAGAAGGAGCCUGCUUGUAGUUGGGUGGAGAUUGAGAAUGCAGUCCAUUUGUUUGUGGCAAAUGAUGAUGCCCACCCACAAAGAGAGGAUAUCUAUAGGAAAUGGGAAGAGAUCAGUGGGAAGAUCAAGGAGAUUGGAUAUGUCCCAGACACUAGCCAUGUGCUUUUGUUUGUGGAUCAGCACGAGAGGGAAGUAAAGUUGCAGUACCAUAGUGAGAAGCUUGCUCUAGCAUUUUCCCUUCUCAAAACUCCUCCAGGUUCUCCUAUACGAAUCAAGAAAAAUAUUAGAGUUUGUGGUGAUUGUCAUUCAGCAAUCAAGUUUGUGUCAAAGUUGGUGGACAGAGAAAUCAUUGUGAGAGAUACCAAUCGGUUCCAUCAUUUCCAUGAUGGUUCAUGUUCUUGCAGGGACUACUGGUAGUGCUUGCUACCCAAUCAUCUAUGAAAAUGAUUGUGU